UUUAAAAAAUAAUACAUUAAUUACAUAUUCUCUUAAAACCCCCCAUUUCUUAAUAUGAGCAUUAAAGGUUCAACUUCACUCGGGCCUAAAAACAUCCGCCAGCAAUUUUCAUGCGUGAUAGUUUCCACACGUGUGAUGGCGACUUUUUUUUUUUUUUUUUUGGAAGUUACGAUGGCGACUUUUUAGGCCUUUAAAUACUAGUCCACCUUCACCAAGUUCAGCAUCUCUAGCACCUUCCUCCUCCUCCUCCUCUCUCUCUCUCUCUCUCUCUCUCUCUCUCUCUCUCUCUCAUCUACUUGUUGGCUGCAAUUUGUGAAUGAUGUCUAUCCGUGAUGAUAAUAAUGAUCAUGUAGUAGAAGAUGCUACAGUUCCAGCAUUUAGCCCGCUACCACGCAGUGGAAAGAAACUUUCUUGGCAAAAGCUCAGGCGACGUGACUCCUUGGAUAUUGAAUCCGCCAAGAUUGAAGGCCAUCACGCUCACAACUCCAAGGGUACUGCGGAUUGGUCGGUGAUACUGCAUCUAGCAUUCCAGAGCCUCGGGGUAGUGUACGGAGACAUCGGAACCUCACCUCUUUACGUUUUUGCCAGCAUUUUUAGCGACGGAGAUAUUAAACACAACGACGACAUUUUGGGUGCUCUCUCUUUGAUCUUCUACACCCUCACCCUCAUUCCUCUUAUCAAGUAUGUCUUAGUCGUGUUACGGGCAAAUGAUAACGGAGAAGGAGGAACAUUUGCAUUGUAUUCUCUCCUAUGCCGAUAUGUGAAGGUGGGUUUGAUCCCAAGUCAAGAAGCAGAAGACCGAGAAGUGUCCACUUAUAAGCUUGAAUUGCCUAAUAAUAAUAAAAGCUUGCGACGAGCAUCUAAGCUCAAGUCUACGGUAGAGAAUAGCCGAUUUGCCAAGUUCUUCCUAUUAUUUGCCACUAUGCUCGGCACUUCCAUGGUCAUUGGUGAUGGUGUCCUCACACCUUGCAUAUCAGUGUUAUCGGCUGUAGGAGGGAUCAAGGAAGCUACAUCCUCCAUGACAGAAGGGAAGAUUGUUUGGAUAUCAGUUGCUAUCUUAGUCUGCCUAUUCAUGGUCCAAAGAUUUGGAACUGACAAAGUUGGCUACACCUUCGCUCCAAUUAUAUGUGUCUGGUUCGGUCUCAUUGCCGGCAUUGGCGUCUACAACUUCUUCAAAUUUGAUCCCACUGUUGUUAAAGCCUUAAAUCCAAAGUACAUCAUUGAUUAUUUCAAAAGGAACAAAAAACAAGCAUGGGUUUCACUUGGUGGCGUUGUCCUCGCCAUAACAGGAACUGAAGCAUUAUUUGCGGAUGUUGGACACUUCACCGUUCGAUCUAUACAACUAAGUAUGUGCACUGUUACUUACCCUGCACUCGUAUUAGCUUACACUGGACAAGCCUCUUUCCUUCGCAAGCACAAUGAUUUGGUCUCAAAAACCUUCUACAAGUCCAUACCACAUGGUGUGUAUUGGCCAAUGUUUGUGGUGGCUGUAUUGGCAUCAAUCAUAGCAAGCCAAGCCAUGAUAUCGGGGACUUUCUCCAUUAUCCAACAGUCCCUCUCUCUAGGCUGCUUUCCUCGAGUUAAAGUUGUUCACACUUCUGCUAAGUACGAGGGACAAGUUUAUAUUCCUGAAGUCAAUUAUCUUCUCAUGUUGGCUUGUGUUGGAGUCACUGUUGGCUUCAGAACUACUUUAAAGAUUGGCAAUGCAUAUGGGAUUGCGGUGGUGUUUGUAAUGACUCUCACAUCAUCAUUCCUAGUACUGGUCAUGAUAAUGAUAUGGAAAACCCACAUACUUCUCGUAAUUUCAUAUGUUCUUGUCAUUGGCUCUGUUGAAUUUUUGUAUUUAAGUUCAGUGCUCUACAAAUUCGAUCAAGGAGGAUACCUACCUUUGGCUUUUGCAAUGGUUCUAAUGACUAUAAUGUACAUUUGGAAUGAUGUAUACAGAAGGAAAUACCAUUACGAGCUAGAUCACAAGAUUUCUCCAGAGAAGGUGCAGGAGAUAGCUGCUGAUACAAAACUUUGUCGAAUGCCAGGACUCGCUAUCUUCUACUCAGAGCUUGUUCACGGAAUUCCACCCAUCUUCAACCAUUAUGUGGAAAAUAUACCUGCAUUACACUCCGUCCUUGUCUUUGUCUCAAUUAAGUCAUUACCCGUGAGCAAAGUUCCAGUAGAACAGCGAGUUCUCUUCAGAAGAGUAAAACCAGAUGAGCUUAAUGUGUUCCGUUGCGUUGUGAGGUAUGGAUACACCGAUGUACACAAUGAACAAGAGCCCUUUGAAAGGAUGUUAGUUGACAGGUUGAAGGAGUUCAUUAGAGAGGAUUCGAUGUUUCGUGCAAUGGUGUGCAAUAACCAAGACGGAGCAGAAAGGGAUGGAGAAUUAAUAGAUGAUGAUGGCUCAGUUAGUGCAAUGGAGGAUUUAAAGCAAGCUGAAGCUGAGAAACAAAUAGAAGGAAUGGAGAGAGAGCUUGAAGUGGUGGAGAAAGCAUGGCGAGCCGGGGUUGUUCACUUGAUGGGUGAGAAUGAAGUGAUUGCAGGGAAAGGAGCUAACAUAGGAAAGAAGAUGUUGAUAGAUUAUGCUUUCAAUUUCUUGAAGGGGAAUUUAAGACAGACUGCAGACAAGGUGUUUGAUAUACCUCACGAGCGCAUGCUAAAAGUGGGAAUGACAUACGAGCUUUAGAGCAUCAUCAAGCUUAAGAAAGAAGGAUAUAGUUGUUUUUCUCUCCUCUUGUACUUUCCAAGGAGAAAAUUCAGCACACUUGAUGUAGUUAAGAGUACAGUGAACUAUAAAUUACUACGGUCUAGCCUUUAUACUAGUGAACGUACGUUUGCAGAUUAACAUCGAGUGUAAUAUAUUUGCUUCUGUGUGCUUCCCUUUCUAGCAAGUGAUAACAACAUAAUUUAGUGUCUGAGCAAAAUGUAAUGUGAAAACUUGUUAAAGCGCUAUAUUUUGUAAUAAUAUCAUAAAUUUUCAGUCUUUUGGAUAUAUUUAGAUUGAUGAUGUGGAACAAUGUUGCCGAACAGUCUAACAUAUUUUUUUGAGACAAGGCCAACGUGUCUGCAAAUCGCCAUAACAGAACGCAAUUUUUUUUUUUUUUAAAUUCCAGCGUUUAGGGUUUUAAAACCACGUUUGUCUAUCGUAUGCUUGAGAUUUUUUGUUUUGUUUAUGGCCCAAGUAAACUCAGAUUGUUAUGAAUUUUGAUAUUUAAUAGUUUUUCGUGACUAGGUCUCUCUUUAUAUAUUUUUGUGAUUUUUAGAGAAAUUUGAAUUUUAAACUUACUUUUAGUGUGUUUUCUUUUCAU